AGGUUGGGGUUCACUGUGGGGUUUUGGGGAUGGAAGGGGGGGAGGGAAGGAUCAGGACAAUCCAUAUGGACCCCCCCACCCCGAAAUCCAGAACGUGACAAGGAGAACCGGCACCGGAAGCGCAGCCACAGCCGUUCAAGGAGCCGGGACCGGAAACGUCGCAGCCGCAGCCGGGACCGGCGGAACCGGGACCAGCGCAGCGUCUCACGGGACCGCCGACGGCGCAGGUCGCCUCUGAGCCUUUCGGGCCCUUUGAGCCGCUCCCCCCGCCAUGAGAAGAAGAAGAAGAUCCGUAAAUACUGGGACGUCCCCCCCCCUGGUUUCGAGCACAUCACGCCCAUGCAGUACAAAGCCAUGCAAGCUGCAGGGCAGAUCCCAGCCACGGCUCUGCUGCCCACCAUGACCCCCGACGGUUUGGCCGUCACCCCCACGCCGGUGCCGGUGGUGGGCAGCCAGAUGACGAGGCAGGCACGGCGCCUCUACGUGGGCAACAUCCCCUUUGGCAUCACCGAGGAAGCCAUGAUGGAUUUCUUCAACGCCCAGAUGCGCCUGGGGGGGCUCACCCAAGCUCCUGGCAACCCCGUGUUGGCAGUGCAGAUCAACCAGGAUAAGAAUUUCGCUUUCCUGGAGUUUCGCUCUGUGGAUGAGACCACGCAGGCCAUGGCGUUCGAUGGGAUCAUUUUCCAGGGGCAAUCCCUGAAAAUCCGUCGCCCCCACGACUACCAACCACUGCCUGGCAUGUCAGAGAACCCCUCAGUCUACGUGCCGGGCGUUGUCUCCACGGUGGUGCCUGACUCUGCUCACAAACUGUUCAUUGGGGGUCUGCCCAACUACCUGAACGACGACCAGGUGAAGGAGCUGCUGACGUCCUUUGGGCCUCUCAAAGCCUUCAACCUGGUGAAGGACAGUGCCACGGGGCUGUCCAAGGGCUACGCCUUCUGCGAGUACGUGGACAUCAACGUCACUGACCAGGCCAUUGCAGGUCUCAAUGGAAUGCAGCUGGGGGAUAAGAAGCUCCUGGUGCAGAGGGCCAGCGUGGGGGCCAAGAAUGCCACCCUGGUGAGUGCCAGUGUGGGGGGGGGACAGCAGGGGUCUGCGUUGGAGGGGGGGGGACAGCAGGCACCAGCAUCCCUUGGGGUGGAGGGGGGGAGGAGGGGAAUCAGUGGAGGGGGGGGUCAGGCCCCAUUUAGCUGGGGGAGAGGGGAGGUUUUGGGCCCCUUUAGGGAGGGGGGGACUUCUCCUCUUGUCCCCCCCACAAACCAACAAACCCCACAGAUUUUCGUGGAGUUCACCUCUGUCUUUGACUGCCAGAAGGCCAUGCAGGGCCUCACGGGCCGCAAAUUCGCCAACAGAGUCGUCGUCACCAAAUACUGCGACCCCGAUUCCUACCAUCGCCGCGACUUCUGGUAGCCCCCUGCUGGGGGGGGCCGGGCCGGGGCUGAAGGGGAGAGAGAGAAGGGGGGGGGGG